UGUCAUUAUAAAGGUAAACAUAGUUCAAUUCCGGGUGUUACAGUAUUCGAUUUAACUGUUUAGAUAUACUUGGUGGAAAAAAUACUGCUCUUUCCGUCUACUCUAAAUACCAAGUUCAGUCAGCAAAUACAGCUUCUAAAAGGAAAAGAGUCUCAAAGAAGUAGCACACUGGUGCUUUCUACUGAUAAGGUGCAAGGAUGACAAAAUUGUUACUGAUUCUCAUCGUAGCUAUCGCUGUUUUGGCGAGUGUAGAAGCAGAAAGUUUCGAAUGUAUGAAAAAAAGACAAAAGGCCCAUCAAAGCCCAAGCGAAAAUUAUCAUGAUUAUCUAAUGGAACAAAUACUUCGCGAAAAUGGCAUAGAGAUAGAAAAAGAACCGAGUAAAGAAGAGUGUGAAAAAGAAAGGGAAUUAGACAGACAAAAACAAAAAAGCUACCGGGGUUCAAAUAAAGUGCGAUCUAUUUCAGAACUACUCUACCUAGUUUGGGGUUUUAUUAUCGUGGCUGUAAUAAUUUUUGCAUCGAUGAUCCCUAUAGUCCUUCUAGUCGUGUACGUCGACAACAAGUAUGAUAUUAUACCAGCACGAGUAAAAACACCACUAUUUCAGAACGGAGGGGUCACGGAGGAAGAAUAUCAAGAGUUUCUAGAAGAGUUGGCUGAAAUUGAGAAUAUUAGUAUCGAAAUUCGCAACCGAAAAAAGGCCAGUGAUAAAAUGUGGAAGUUGUGAAAUGAUGUGCUCUAGAUAGCAUAAUCUUAGAGACUACAUUACUGGAGUAUUUGCUUGCACUUCUUGACGUGUACUAAAUUAUCUUUAGCAAAACCUAUUGACCAGGUAUCAUUUUGCACAGCAAUAGGCUUGUUAACAUAUUUACAUAUUUAGUCUUCAACAAGUAUCACAUACAUAAUUUUUAUUUAAA